AGAAAGAAUCUCUCUAUCACUCUCACACUCACUCACUCACUGGUCUCUUCUAGCUCCGCUAGCUAGCUAGCUCCAGGCACCCUGCCGGCUUCAUUCUGUACUGUCAUCUCUCCGCUAAAAUCCAUACGAGCAAAACAAAAUCCACGAUAUUCCCAGCAAAACGACUAAAGUAAUUCCAUCACGCACCUGUUUUUCCAUCAUUUAUAAAUUCCUAAACGCUCACUCCAACUCUUCUUCAGACCUGAUCAGAUUUCAUAGUCGGAAGGAUGAGAAAACAUUUCAAGCUACGGCUAUCAAAAGUCAUACUGCCAAUCUUUCAAUCUUGCAAAUCAAAAGACCCAUCGAAAUUACCUGAAAAUCCACUUCCUUUAUUACUCCAUCUUCCUUUACUAAGGCGUCCUAACUCCAACACCAUUGAUCACGACAAUGUCAAUGAUUUCCCAGGUUUUGCAACUUGUACUCCUUCACCACUACCAUUGAAACCUCAUCAUCAUCGGCAGCAACCAUCUCUCAAACAACAAGUUUCGUCAGCUAUAUUAUCUGUUGGAUGUAAUUGUAGAUCAAAAUCAAGCAAUACAAAUGAAGAAGAAGGAGACGAAUUUAGAUGGAAGAUAGAUACGAAAUGGCAUGUCAUUGAUAAAAUCAAUGACGAUACUACUCCUCGUAGUAAAAUAUACAGUCAGCAUUACGAUUCUGAAGAGGACGAAGAAGAAGAAGAAGAAGAGGAAUUAUGUAUUAACAAUCAAGCUUCACCAUUACUCACCAAAAUAAAGAAGAAGAAGAAAAGAAGUAAGAAAAACAAAAUUAGGAGUAGGGUAAGUACAUCAUCAGGUGAUAGUGGUUGGUUUAGCAGUGAAGAAGAAGAAGAAGAUCAAGAAAAUGAAGCCCAGGUUUCAUCUUCAUCAGAAUUUUUCGAAACCCAUUUAAAAACAAUUCGUGAAUCACCCCUUAAUGACGAUAGUUCAUCAAUCAAAAGAUCAAACGUGAAGAAAACAAAGAAGAAGAAGAGUACUGCUACUCAUGCUGCUAAAAGAGAUCAAAAUGUGAAACGUUAUAGUCAUAAUAAGAGAGGAUUAAUAUUGUAUUCGUCGUCUUCGUCAACAGAGACCGAAUCAUCACCAGCUAGAUUAUCAGCAUUUCAGAGACUAAUGAGGUCAUCCUCAAAUAGUACUUGUAAAGCAGAAGGGAAAGUAAAGGAAAGUUUCGCAGUAGUGAAGAAAUCUGAAGAUCCAUAUCAAGAUUUUAGAAAAUCAAUGAUGGAAAUGAUAUUAGAGAAGCAAAUGUUUGAAAGUAAAGAUUUAGAACAGCUUUUACAUUGUCUGCUUUCACUUAACUCUAAACACCACCAUCCUAUCAUUAUUCGAGCUUUUUCUGAAAUUUGGGAGUUCUUGUUCUGCUCUUCAUCCUCAUUGUAA